AUGGGUCGCGACAAUUUUCCAACGCUGCGACGGCUUAUCAAUAACGUGAACCGUUUCAACAGCGCCUUCCGCGGGCAGAGCUACGAGAAUGUGGUGACGGCCCUGAAUCGAUACUACAGUCAGAGAGCUGGCUUUACCUUUAACCCAGCUACUCCCAUCACUACGGCAGCCUUGCACAACGAGAUUCGAGCGAAUAGCCGAAUUACGAGUGGAUUGUUUGAAGCGGAUAUGAUGUUGACUAUGGCCCAGCUAAACCAAAUCAUCAGCAACCGUCGUCGCAGAAAACUGGGAAUUGCUGCCCAUGAAAUCGGCCACAGCCUAGGAUUAUACCACGAGCAGUCCCGGCCGGAACGCGAUGCCUAUAUCAGGGUCAACUUUCAAAAUAUCGCCUCCGGCUACACCGGCUCUUUUGACAAGCGAUCUCCUGCACUUUCUCAGUCCCUCGGAAUCCCGUACGACUACGGUAGCGUCAUGCACUACGCUAUUAAUUCGUUCUCGAAAUCCUUUGGCUCCGACACGAUCACCCCAUUGCGAUCGCAAUUUUCGUACACCAUCGGAAACCGAGUGGAACCGGCUUUCUACGACUACAAGGCGGUCAAUUUGAUGUAUUGCUCAAGGUCUUGCGGCGCUUCCCUACCCUGCCAAAAUGAGGGCUACACCAACCCGAGUACCUGCAAUUCCUUUGGCGUAUUCAAG